ACUUCUUCAACCGCUUGUAGUCUACUCAGGAGUGGUAUAUUCUGUAUUUAGACUCAGUAUUUUUUUUAUUCAUUUUAAAACGAAGUUUUACUGAUUCCAGGUACUUUCUUUACCUGCCUUCCGAAACUUUUUUACCUAUCACUUUUAUACUGGGGACAAGUAAAUUCUAUAAUUCGCCACCGGAAAAAAUUUCUGUCAGUGUAGCUAUAGUCUUUCUUCUCUGCUUUCAUCUUUCCCUUUUGAGGAUAUGAUAACAUUAGAGAAUAGAAAAUAAAAAAACAUCAAAAUUUGGAGUAAAAAAAUGUAAUAUUUUUAAUGCAUAAAAAAUUUUUUUAUUUUUUAUAGUGAGAAAGUGUUAUGAAAUUAAUAAUGUGUUAUACUUAUAUAUUAAAUUAACUGAGAAACUUUAAAUGACAAUUAUUUUCAGAAAAUGUCAAACAAUUUAAUUCCAAGAAACGUGAAAGACUGAUAAAUUAAUCAGUUGAAAUUUUUUCUGUUGAUUGAAACAAUAAUGUUAGUGGCUUCAGUAAUAUUGCUUAAAUAAUAUUAAAAUGGAACUAAAUCAAGCUAGUAAUAAUUAUUCUACCACCAACAAUGCAUUAAAUGUAACGAAACAAUGGCUUUCUCUGGAGCAACAACAAGUACCAAUACCUAUGGAAAUUUCAAGUUCUACUGAAAAUUUAGAUCAAUGUGAUAAACCAAUAGAUUUUGUAUUAGUAUACAUGGAUACUGGUAACAAUGUUAAUCACGCUGAGAGAAGACAAGAAUUCGAAUCUGCGUUAAAUGAUCAAGGAUUGGAGUUAGAGUAUGAACAUAAUGGACCACUUUGUUUUAUAAAGAUCCAUGCACCUCAGGAAGUUUUAUGUCGAUAUAGUGAAAUAAUGAAACUAAAGUUACCAAUAAAAGCUAUAUCUCUUAAAGAAUUGGAAGCCACUGGAACAGAUUUAUUUGAUGAUGCUCGCUCAUGGUUCAUAGGUUUAUUCAGCUUUGUACAAUUGGAUUCACAGAAAUUCCCAAAGAAAGAAAAAACACUUCUAGCAGAGUUCUCAAGAGACAAAGACUACUUGUUUGAUAUAGAGAAUGAUAAUUUUUUCCCUACAAAUGUACGUAUUAUGGUUGUGGAUUUUAUAUUGGAAAGACAAUCUGUGGGUAUUCAUCGUCUCCUUGCCAAUGGUGUUUAUUCUGCUGCUUAUCCUUUACAUGAUGGUACAUAUAAACAAAAGAAUACUGUUAGAAAUCUUUUAUACGAAGAAUGGGGAGCACUGAAGCAAUGGUUAAAGUUACAACCUUUGGAUACUAUUCAAGAAUACUUUGGUGUUAGCUAUGCAAUAUAUUUUGCAUGGCUCGGAUAUUAUACAUACAUGCUUAUUCCAGCAAGCAUAUUUGGACUUAUAUGCUUUUUUUAUGGUGUAUUUAGUUUGAAUUCUAAUUCACUAGUGCAGGAUGCUUGUUCUCCUUGGGCAGAGAAUGUAAUAAUGUGCCCACAAUGUGAUAAAUAUUGUGACUAUUGGCGCCUCAAUGAAACUUGUAUUUUUACGAAAGUGACACUUUUAUUUGACAAUCCUGCAACAGUUUUCUUUGCGGUGUUUAUGUCAUUUUGGGGAGCAUUAUAUCUCGAGUUAUGGAGGAGAAAAUCCGAAGAAUUGAUUUAUCGAUGGGGUUUAGUUGGCUGGGAUCAAGGAGCUGAACAUCCAAGACCUCAAUAUUUGGCAAUGUUGAGUAAAUUAAAAUUUAUCAAACCAAAAGAAAAAAUAAAUGCAGUAACAAUGGAAAAAGAACCACACGUGAGUUUUUGGAAAGUUCGUGUUCCUGCUACAAUGUUAAGUUUUACUGUUGUUCUUCUACUCAUUUUGGUAGCAAUCGCUGCAGUUUUUGCAGUCGUUUUAUACAGAAUGGCUUUGAUUACGUCAAGUAGCUUUUUUGGACUUGAUAGUAAUCAACACAAAACAUUUACGGUUCCAUGUAUUGCAGCAGCUAUUAAUCUUGUUGGUAUUUUAAUAUUAAACUAUUUAUACGAUUGGUUAGCUGUUCGCUUAACCAAUAUGGAAAUGCGUCGAACUCAAGCAGAAUUUGAUGAUAGUUUAACUUUGAAGAUUUAUAUUUUUCAAUUUGUUAAUUACUAUGCUUCCAUAUUUUACGUAGCGUUUCUCAAAGGAAAAUUUGUUGGUUAUCCACAAAAAUAUAAUAGAAUUCUUAAUUAUAGACAAGAAGAGUGUGCUCCUGGUGGGUGCUUAAUGGAACUUUGUAUUCAAUUGGCUAUAAUAAUGAUUGGAAAACAAGGUUUUUAUACGGCAAUGGAGAUGAUAUAUCCUAUAUUAUUCAAGUGGUGGGCACUUUUCCGUAUCCAUACUGGUCUUAAACAGAAAGAUCCGAUUGCACCUCGCAGUAGAUGGAUAAGAGAUUUAAAAUUACUAGAAUGGGGACCAAGAGGAUUAUAUGAUGAAUAUUUAGAGAUGGUUAUUCAAUUUGGAUUUAUUACUCUCUUUGUCGUUGCUUUUCCUUUAGCUCCAUUAUUUGCUUUAGCUAAUAAUGUCCUAGAAAUGCGUUUAGAUGCAACGAAAUUUUUACGCCAUUAUCGUCGACCUGUACCACGACGAGCUAGAGAUAUUGGUAUUUGGAAAUCAAUUCUUGAUGCUCUAGCACGAAUUUCCGUAACCACUAAUGCAUUUAUUAUUGCAUUUUCGUCCAAUUUAAUACCUCGAUUAGUUUACAUGUACGCUGUAAAUCCAGAUAAAACUGAUACUGGUUUUCUUAAUCACAGUUUGGCCUAUUUUGAUACGAGAGAUUUUCCGAAUAAUACUGCACCAUUAGACAGCAUGUAUUAUAAUGUUACAAUGUGCCGUUACUCUGAAUAUAGAAAUCCUCCCGAUCAUUCAGAAUUACCUUAUAAAAGACCUUCUAUAUACUGGCAUAUUUUAGCAGCUCGAUUUAUAUUUAUCGUUGUCUUCCAAAGUGUAGUCAGUUUAUUUACAAUGACUGUUCAGUGGUGUCUUUCAGACGUUCCUAGAAAAUUACGUGAUCGCAUUAAACGUGAAGCAUAUUGGACAGAGCAAAUAAUAAUUACACGUGAGGCUGAAAGAGCAAAGGCUAAAGCACGAAUAUCGGACCGCUUCGUGAGUGCUAGUAAUUAUUUGCGUAGGAGGUCAACUAAUAAUUCUGAAUCAACUGUGAUGUAAAUAGAAGGUAUUUUAAUCCAUAUUCUCUAUCGGAUAAUUUAUUAACAAGCUUGAUGUAUUUAUAUAGCGUUUGUAAACUUCUAUUAAUCUUUUAUCAUACGUUUUUCCUCAUUAUUAUAUUUUAGAAAUAUUGAGAUUUUUGGUGAAAUUUUCUUUUUUGAACAAGACAAAGUAAUCUUUGUAAACAAUUUUUUAUGGCAAAUUGCAUUAUUACUGUAUAAGCAAUAGAACAAUAAACCUGUGAUCAUACUCAGUGUUUAAUACGAGAAGAAAAAAAUUUGUUCUGAAAUUUUUCUUUAAAAAAAGUUUAUGCUAGUAAUUAUCUAUGUUUAAAUAUGAAUUUAAAUCAACGUUUAACCUUGAAAUAAAACAGUUUAUAUAACUGUAAGUUCAGUGAGUUGAAUUUUUUUUAAAUGUAUAUAUUUUUCUCACAAAUUGUACAUCUAAUUCAAAAAUGAUAAAGGCAGAUUCAUGUAAAUAGUU